AUGUCGAACCAGCCGGAGAAGGAAGAGUUUCCUGGCAGAGACGGUCAUCCUGUUGCUCGUCAUCGUUCUCCAGCCUCUGGUUCUGAUGCGCCUAAUCUGGUGGUAUCUGAUCGUGCUGAACCUGCCAAUGGUCGAUCAGCCUCUAAUCGUUCUCUCCAUGGAGCAUCACGAGCUGUGAAUUCUCUUCGUGGCCGUCAACCCAGCUCGCGCGAUCCAUAUGAUAUGAACAAAUACCACGCUAUUAAUGAGAAUGGCCGCAGAUCUUACACUAUCAAUAGCGAUACCACCAUCAACAAUGGUCCUGCCGGCAAUCCUCCUCCAUACAACCCUGCUCCUGCUCCUGCUCCUGCUACAGUCAGCUCGGCCAUUCCAGCUACUCGCAUGGCUGUAGCUCCAGCUUCAGCUCCUCCGAUUGCUCCAGCUGUUCCAGUCUCUCGAUUUACUCGUUCUCGCACCCAAAAGCAAACUUUCGCAGCCAUCAAAAAAAAUGUGAAGAAGCAAGCCGCGAAGGAGCCAAUCGCGAAGAAACCAGCUGCGAGAAAACAAGCUGCGAAGAGAUCAGCUACGAGGAAACCAACCGCGAAGGAAUCAACUGCGAAGUACCCAUGGAGAUCUCGAAGCGGCUUCGGAAUCUUCCGUGUAGAGAUCACCGAGGUCGAACUUGCAUUCAUUCGUCGUGGUUAUGGCACUCUUUUGUGCCGCAAGAAAACCUUUAAAAAUGCUCCUCCCGGAGCUUAUAGAAACGCCGAGAUCACGUUUAAUGAAAUACAACUUCUUUGGUCUAACAGAGAUAAUGGUGGUGAAGAGCGACAGGCGUACUACGAUAACCCUAAAACGGAAGAAAUGAAAGAAGCGAUGUUGAGGGCGAGUAAGAACUAUGAGAGAAGGUUCGAGAAGGAUAGAGCAAAGGCCAUAAGGAAGGGUUUCCCAGAUGCUAUGCCCUUAGCAGAUAGAUUCCCUAUUGUUGCCCUCGCUGCUGCUGCUGCUGCUUCGUCUACUGUACCAGUUGUUGCUGGUAAUGCUGCAGACUCUACUGAAGAUCAAGAUAUGGCUGAUGAUGAUUUGGUCUCGCCUGAAAGCAGUUUAUAUAGUGAUAGUGAGGACGAGGAUAUGGAGAAGGAAUAG